UCGAAUUAGAUGUACGCGAACCGCACAUCUGCUUGGACGUGUAAUAAUUAUUAUUUUUGUUAAAUUAAUAAAAUAUAAACAAAAGUUGAUCAACGCAAGCGGCGAUUUUCAGCAAAUAGUUUUAUACAACAAUAGUAGUGAUAUUCCAUUACAAAGUAUAUAACUGUAAAGUAGUGGUAAUAUUAGAAGAGAAAUUACUAAAAAUAACGGUAUACAAAAAUAUUUGCAAAAACAGCGAAAAAAAUAAAUUUAAAAAUUUCAACAACAACAAUUAACUAUUUACUGUGAGCGCCGUAAUUACACUCUCACAGCCAUACACACAACUGCCAUAGAAACAAUAAAAAAUUAAAUAGAUAAAGAUAUACAUACAUUGUGUAUUUUAUUUUUAAGUAUCAAAUCAACACAGCAAGUCACUAAAGUGUUGUCAAACAAAAGCGCAGACAGGCACGCAUAAACAAAGAAAAAAAAACAUAAAGCAAAAACAAAAACUGAAAUAAUCACACUAAUCAUAUAAGCAACUAAUUUUAUAUUCGCAGCCAACGUCGAGAAAUAAUCUUUUUUUAAAAUGGGCCCCACACGCGUACUAACUAAGGAUGGUGGUUUUGGCACACAAAUGACAGUGCACGUUGGCAACGCCGUUGAUGGUGAUCCGCUAUGGAGCGCUAGAUUCAAUGCGACAAAUCCAGCGGCUGUUAUCAAUACACAUUUGGAUUUUUUGCAAAACGGUGCCGACAUCAUACUGACGAACACUUAUCAGGCUAGUGUUGAGGGUUAUGUUGACUACUUGGAUUUGGAUGUGGAGCAAAGCGUUGAGUUGAUCAAGAAAACAGUGCGUCUGGCGCAUAUUGCUAAAGAUAAAUAUUUGGCGGAAUGUUGCGAAGCGAAAUUACACGUUCCCGAUGGUUUCCCUCUCAUACUCGCUUCAAUCGGUCCAUAUGGCGCGCAUUUGCAUGACGGCUCCGAGUACACUGGCGCGUAUGUGGACGAUGUGCCACUGAAGGAGAUUACUGACUGGCAUCGCAUACGUAUCGAUGCUUGUAUAGCGGCCGGCGUUGAUGCAUUGGCCAUCGAGACAAUUCCCUGUCAGGCCGAAGCGGAAGCUUUGGUAGAGAUGUUGUGCGAUGAUUAUCCGGAAGUUAAAUUUUGGAUAUCCUAUCAAUGUAAAGAUGAGAGCACUUUAGCGCAUGGAGAAAAUUUUGCAGAUGUAGCACGUUCGUUGUGGGAACUAUUAGGAGAACGCAAUGCUCGCAGCAAAUGUUUGGCGAUCGGUGUGAAUUGCGUACAUCCGAAGUUUGUUACACCAUUGUUCAAGAGUUUAAAUGGCAACACACCGGAUGCCGAAAAGAUUCCACUGGUUGCGUAUCCGAACAGCGGAGAAGUUUAUGAUGUAGCGAAGGGUUGGCAAGGGCGCGAACAUUGUGUACCUUUGGCAAGCUACGUGUCAGAAUGGUCAAAAUUGGGCGCGAAAAUUAUCGGUGGAUGCUGCCGUACUUAUGCCAGAGAUGUGCGCCUAAUUUCAGAAAGUGUAAAAGAACAUAACAAUUUAAAUAGAUUAAUUUAAUACCUUUGAUCUCAAAUAGGUUAAUUAUGUAGAGAAAUGUACAAAAAUAAUUUUAUACCAUUUUGCUAAUUAAAAUAAAUAAAGAAAUACUAUAUA